GCCGUGGGACUGGAUCAUUUGAACCGUUUUUUCAUUCUACGACGCACAAUAGAAUUCCAAUGAUAACCUUCAAGAGAGUGGUUGCAAUAACUGGAUGCGACAGCGGUCUUGGGUGGGCUCUGGCCGCUAGGAUGUCCCGGGAGGGUCUUAUUACAGUUGCAGGAAUGUACAACGGGACUGACACGGAGGCUGCCAGAGCUCUAAGAAGCUUAAGUGUUCAUCCACAUCAACUUGAUGUUACUAACCCUCGCAGCAUCGCCAACUUUCAUGAAUAUAUAAAAGACCUUUUAAGUAAAAAUCCCGACUACAAAUUGUACGCAUUAGUCAACAACGCUGGAGUUAUGACUAUAGCGGAUUUUGAGGUUCAAACACCAAAAAUUAUAGAAGAAACUAUUAACAUAAAUUUGUUAGGACCCAUGCAAAUGGCCUCUGUUUUUUUGCCAGAGCUUAGGCGAAAUGCUAUUGAAGGCGUCGUGCAUCCUCGAAUCAUAAAUGUUUCCAGCCACUGUGGUAUGCAUCCAUUGCCCGGUUUUGGUCCUUACAGCGCAAGCAAAGCUGGCUUAUUAGCCUGGACGGAAGCUCUGCGGUUGGAGUUCUCCAAUACAGGACUUGGAGUUACUGCUUUUAUUCCUGGUGGAUUCGUUGGCUCUAGUAACAUAAUGGUCACACAGACAAGAAACGUGAGGCAGAUAUUAGAUGCUCUUUCUGAGGAGCAAAAAUCAUACUACGAAGCAAAAAUAAGAACUCUAAACAAUUAUUUAUGCCGGGGUUCUGAAAAAGAAAACAGCUACGAUGCGCUGAAAGAUGAAAAUAUUAUUGAAACGUUUAUGAAAGCCUUACUUGAUGAUAGACCUAAAAUUUUGUAUAAAGUUGAGCCCUGGCGUUAUACAUUUUACUACAGUUUAUUUAAGAUACCGCUGCCUGAAUUUAUUUAUUUGUGGAUUAUUAAUAAGUUCUUGUGUUUUCCCAAGUAGUAAUUUUUGGUAUUUUAUGCGAAUACUUAUUGCCUUUCUAAACAAACUACUUUUUGGAUGGGUGUAAGAAAAUUAUAUUCAUAGCAGCACGUAUUUUAUUUUUUUGUUACGUUAUGUUUACGUUUUUUAUGUAAGUGCUUAAUCUUUUAAGCACAUAUUUAACAUAAGUAUAAUAAUUAUUAUAUAAAUAUAUCU